CACUCGGUGACUUUUGAUCUGAAGGAUUUCAAUUCAACGAAAUAAAAAAAAAAUUCCCAUUGAAAAGUGGCAGAAACUGUAAUGGGCGGGCACUGGCUAUGAUUGGCUGUGAAAGCGACAAAGGCGGGAAGGAAACUAAAAAAAAGCUGCGCUGCGAUUGGCCGAGACGCCAAAAAGGCGGGCAAUCGUACAGUAAGACGUGCUGCGAUUGGCCGACGGCAGCACGGUGGCGCACACUUACCGGUGCGUUAAGAAGACGCCGGCCGGGCGGUUUAUCUGAGGCGGUAACUCACGAGCUCCACGCUCGCUCGUUCGCUUUGUCGGCACGCGAAACGGAACCGGGCCGGCUGGUUGAAAAGCGUGGCAGUCGGAGGUGACAUAGGCUGGCCACCAUGCUGAAGCAGCAGCAGCAGCAGCAAAAAGCGGCGUCUCACGUUAAACGGCCCAUGAACGCCUUCAUGGUUUGGUCCAAAAUGGAGCGCAGGAAGAUCAUGCAGCAGUCGCCCGAAGUGCACAACGCCGAGAUCUCCAAGCGGCUCGGCAAGAGGUGGAAGUCGCUGGACAAGUCCGAGAAGGGUCCGUUCAUCCGCGAGGCUGAGCGGCUCCGCCUGCAGCACAUGGCCGACCACCCGGACUACAAGUACCGGCCCAGGAAGAAGACCAAGACGGGCGAGGCCGCCGAUAAGAGCGGCCGAGGAGCCAGCAAGCGGUCGAACCCGCAGCAGCGGCAGCGGCAGAGGCCGAGGUGCCGCUUCGUGCUCAAGCGGGACUUCAACGACUCGGACGACGACGAAACUGCCGCAGAACCGGAAGAAGAUUCGGUUCGGCUCUUCUACAGCUUAAAGAACAUGACGCGCCAGGCCACCGGAACCUUGUACCUGGCCUCUUCGUCGUCGUCCUCGUCUGGGUCCAAUUCGUCGUGCUGUGGAGACGACCUGGAGCGCGACCAGCAGGACCCGUUCCCAACCAGCCCCGCCCCCUCGGAACCGGGCAACCUGAGCCUGUCUCUAGUGGACAAAGACUUGGACCUGAGCGGUACUGAGCGGGGCCGCGGCUCUCACUUCGAGUUUCCGGACCACUGCACGCCCGAAUUGAGCCGGAUGAUAACCGGAGACUUCUCGGACCUUCUGUUCACCUACUGAGCCGAAAGUGCCGCAAAUGACUGUUUUACCUCACAGUUUUCCUUUUUUAAAAAAAACAAAAAAACAACAUUUUCCUAUGAUUUUCACGCACUUGUUGCAGUUUGACCUUAGUCCUGCGAGGUUUUCUGUUGGUCACGUGACAAAUUUGGAUUUUCUGUUCCGUUUUGUGAAAUUUGAAAAACGUGUGGCAGAAGAAUAAAUCAGAUGCAACUCAA